AUUAAGUGAGCUCGGUGGCUGCAGCUAUUAACAAUUUUUGCCAAGAUUUCAUUUCCGUUUUUGUCUAGCGUCGAUUUUAUUCCUAUAUUCGAUUAGUACAUACCUUACGUACUCGUAUUUUUGCGCAUUUGCCAUCGCGAGUUUUGCACGCCGUCUUGGAUACAUGUUAAUGCACGCGGUACCCUCGAUAAUACAAUGUAGGUAGUCGUUUGUUGGUUUUAUUGUUGAGAGUGAAAUGGCUGAUGAUGACGAUGAAAGCAUCUACUCUCGUAUUCAAUUGUAACUCGCGCGCUUUUAAUUAAGUUAUAACCUCGAGCGAAUGGAAGAUUCGACGAAAUCUUCGUUCGUCGACUCGAGUAGUUCAAAUCACGAUAUCAAAGAAAGCGAUCACGAAGACGACGACGAUAUUUCUGUGACCGAUGAACAAGAACCUGGUCAACCAUUGAUGGCUGUAUCGCUCGAGACCACAGCAGACGAUAGCGCAGGCAAAGAGAACGAUGACACAGCUAGUAAUUCGGAAAAUACUGAUAAAUCCGAUGACGGACGAAACACCCCUUUGAAAACAUCUUCGAAAAAAUUCUCGAUCGAGAGUUUAAAAUCACGCAGUUCACCUAGUCCCAGUCAACCUAAAUUUUUGCAUCAUGAUUCGAUUCAUGCAGGAGACAUUAAAACCGAAGCAACACGUCCCGAAUCAGAUAAAAAAAGAAAAUGGUACUCGAGUAAAGAAGACUACGCGUGGAGAAGACGAUCAGAUAAGACCAUAACAUCCGAACAAAAUACUCGCUCAACGUCUCAAUCGCCGAUCACCAGCAGCGGAUCUCCUAGUCCUUCACCACCGCCUAUAGUCUGUUCCAAUACAUUCGUUCGUACAUCAGAAGUAGCCAAGUUUAUGUUCACUACCACGGUGUCUUUGCCUACAUCAUCUUACUCUUCAGCCACUGAAAGUAGAGAGUUAUCUGUGAGUGUGAGCAGUUCAGCAGAUAAUGGAAGUAGCAUUGUGAUGAGUAGUUCGAGUAGUACGAACGGGAACAGUAAACAACGCCGUAGUAGAACUAAUUUCACAUUGGAACAGCUCAACGAGUUGGAGAGAUUGUUCGAUGAAACUCAUUAUCCGGAUGCUUUUAUGAGAGAAGAAUUAAGCCAGCGGCUAGGCUUAAGUGAAGCUCGAGUACAGGUAUGGUUCCAAAACCGACGAGCAAAAUGUAGAAAACAUGAAAGUCAAAUGCACAAAGCAACUACAGGUUUAUUAAUGACCAACCAUCUGCAGUCACCUCAACAAUUGACCACCAGAUCGCCUUCUACUUCGGUGACCAGCACCGCACAUCCUACAAGCUCAUCAAUCGAGCCAUCAACGUGUAGAAUAGCUCCAUACAUGAAUGUUCCACCAGUUCAUCAUCGCUUAUCUACAUCUUCAAAUUUAAUUCCCUUUUCAAAUAAUGAUCCGACUGAAGUUGCAUGCAACGCUACCAACGGAUCAUUGCCAUUUAGUCCACCUGGUUUUGAUAGCGCUUUCAUUAGCGCCGCUCAUCAGUAUGCCGCAAUGAUGACCGCAGCCGCCGCCGCAGCCGCAGCUAUACGAAAAAAUGGUGAUAAAGAAGACAGUGCAGCGAGUGAACCAGUGGGUAGUUUAUUUUACCCGCGAAAUCAUCCUUCCCAUGUGGUAGCUGCCCAUCACCAUCACCACCAUCAUCAUCAUCACGCAGCGAAUAUUCAUUAUUCGGCGUUAAGUUUAGCAACUUUAGCAGCUUUACAUCAAGAUAGGUUGUUGGCGUCGAAAAACUCCAGCAUAGCGGAUUUACGUUUGAAAGCAAAAAAGCACGCCGAAGCGUUAUUACUCGAAAGAUCGACCGAAAAGCCCAUGGAAACGGUUUAAAUGUAAAACACUGUCUUUAUUUUAUUAUUAUUUUUUUUUUUUUGUCAAAAAAUCGUUACUUAUUCUUAUUACUUGUAAAUAUAUAUUUUGCAUAAAUUA